CGAAAAUACUCGACACCCGCCGUAGUCGACAUCAAUCGACCUCUCGGAGGUUGCAGCACGAAUCCAGGCCACUGUAAGUCGAUGACCGAUAACGAGGCCAUCAUGAUGGUUGCGAGCUAGGCGUAUCCGUUCGCAUAUCGGCACCCAGCUACUCCAUACAAGCUCGAGACAUCAUAUAUAUAAUGCAAUGGAGGCAGUGUUCUCACGGUAUAGCUGACCUCCAUACUUUUGUUUUCGCCACUCCACCUCUCGGAAAGGAAAAUGUCUGUCGAAAACACCCAAAAGUCCCUCGCCGGCGACGUCGUCGCCCGCCCAGAGAAAGAAUUUGAUGUCGACGAAAAGCAAACCGGGCAUGACUUCGACACAGGGGAUAUAAUUGACACUGCCGAUUAUACCCCCGAGCAGUACAAGAAGAUCAGAUGGAAGGCAGACCUUUACCUGAUGCCUUUGCUUUUCUUCGUCGAUGGUAUCCAAAUCGUUGACAAGAACGCCAUCAGUAUCCAGGCCGUGUUUGGCAUGCGCCAGGACACCAACCUCCACGGCCAACAGUACCAGUGGCUGACGACCAUUUUCUACUUGAUAUACCUGGUGGCCGAAUUCCCGUCGGUUUACAUCCUGCAGAGGUGGAAGGUCGGCUGGACCUUGAGCUUCUACAUGCUGGGCUGGGGCGUGUGCGUCAUCUGCAUCAGCGCCGCCCAGAACUUCGCCACCCUGAUUGCCCUGCGUGCCCUCCAGGGUAUGUUCGAGAGUGCCGUCAAGCCCGGCUUCCUGCAAAUCACCCAGGCCUGGUACAAGACCGAAGAGCACUCCAGCCGUUCCCUCCUGUGGCAGUCGUCCGAAGGUGUCAUCGCCGUCAUCUGUAACUUGAUCCUGUACGGCAUCGCCCGACACGCCGAACACCACUCUGGCCUCGCCGCCUGGCGAUGCGUCUCGCUGUUCCUGGGUGCCCUCACCAUCGUCGGUUCGGUCUGGAGUUUCUUCAUUCUCGGAACGCCCCACGAAGUGCGAUGGUUGAGCAACGAGGAGAAGCGUAUCGCGACUGCCCGUGUUAUUGAGAACGGCGCUGGUCAAGACACCACCGGUAAACGAUGGGAUUGGGACCAAGUUUGGGAGGCGCUGCGCGACCCUCAAUUCUACUUUUCGUUCCUCAACACCUUCAUCACUUGCAUUCCCAACGGUGGCAUCACUUCGUUCGCAUACCUCAUGUACGAAUCCUUUGGGUUUGACUCAUAUCAGUCCAUGUUGUACGGUCUGCCUCGUAUCUCGGUCUACACCUUCCUCUUCAUCGGUGUGGCGUGGUACACACAAAAGGUCCAGAACCAACGUCUCUGGAUUACCUUGCCCUGCUGUCUUAUCCCUUUUGCGGGCAUGCUGGCCAUGUCUCUACUACCAAACGACCCACAGUACAAGUGGAUCAAAUGGGGAAUGUUCAUGUUGACGAUCGUUUUUAACCUCGCCACCUUUGUGGCCUGGAGUUUGCUACCCUCCAACUUUCUCGGCAAGACAAAAUACUCCUUCUCCUCCGGCAUGACCUUGGUCGCUUACUGCACGGGCAACAUGGUCGGCUCUCAGGUCUUCCGGACCAAGGACGCCCCUCGGUACACCCUGGGGACCAUCGUCUGUUCCGCCUGUUUCGGGUUGCAGUUCUUCGUCCUCCUCUGCUGGCGUCUGUACUACAUGUGGGAGAACAAGCGCCGUGACCGCCUCAUGGUCGAGAUGGGCGUUUCCGAGGAAGACCGCGUGCGCCUGGCCAGGGAGCUGGGUCAACAGGACAAGACCGAUCGCCAGAACAUUUACAUUCGGUACGCCAUGUAAAAAUAAAGAGAAAAAGAGUUGGGAAAGAGAUUGGAUAACCCAGGACACACAUGGCCAGGUGGAAACAAAUGGGUUGGGUUUUUUUGUGUAAACUUGACGACACAUGGCGAGAAUUUGUCUGACUGAUGAGAUGGUGACAAUCGAUCGGAUCAUCAACAAAGCUGGUAUUUAUUAUUGAAUAGCUGUUUCUCGACAAUGUGAUUCUGCCC